AUGGCGACUCAAGCAUCGACCAACCCAGAGUCGCAAUCGUCCAAUGCGAUUGUGCGCGCCAUCCAUCGCCACUACAGUGACACGACAUAUGUCCGCUCUGAGCAGACCAUCGAGCGCGAAAAGUUCUUAAUCUUCAACAUCCCUUUCAACCGAUGGGCAAUGUUCCCAACGGCCUUCAUUUUCCAGGCCAUCUGCGGAUCUCUUUAUGCCUGGUCCGUCUUCAACGAUCCUAUUGACAGCUUUAUUUACGGUUCUGUCACCAACACCACCACCGGCAAGUCUACUCCAGCUGCUCACAAUGCCGCCGUGACCUUCUAUAUCGCCGUCGGAUGCUUUGGGCUGUCUGCUGCCUUGAAUGGACCUUGGCUCGAACGUCACGGCCCCAAGCUUGCUGCCAUUGUUGGAUCCAUCAUCUUCUUCCUCGGCAACAUGAUCGCCGCCAUCGGCAUUUACACCCGUAUCAUUGCCCUGCUCUAUUUUGGAUACGGUGUCCUUGGUGGAGCUGGUCUUGGUCUCUGUUACAUCUCUCCAGUCUCUGCUCUUCAAAAAUGGUUCCCUGAUCGUCGUGGUUUGGCUGCGGGUUUCGCUGUCUGUGGUUUUGGUGCCGGUUCCAUCAUCUUGGCCAAGAUUCCUCAGCCCUUGACCGCUGCCGUCGGUCUUCCUUUGACGUUUGUUGUUUUGGGAUGCGCCUACUUCGCUGCGAUGUUGAUCUGUGCCGUCGUCUUCCGUGUACCUCCUCCCGACUUCCAGGUCAACGGUAUGGACAUAUACCGCAACAAGGUCGACAAGAACGGCGACCCAGAGGCCAAUGCUUCGGAGAAGGCCGCCCAGGAUUACAAGGAUCCCAGUGCCAACAUGGUUCUGAGCGCAGCCAUCUUUUCCACAGAGUACCGCAUCAUGUACAUCAUGAUGCUUGGCAACUCGAUUGCAGGAUUGGUCUUCUUGUCUCGUCUCGCGAACAUCAUCAAAGAUAUUUUCGGCAAGGACGAGGCUACCGCAGCUACCAUUGUCGCCAUCAACGGAGGAUUUAACUUGGCCGGCCGCUUGUUCUUCUCGACUGUCUCUGACCGCUUAGGUCGCAAGAACUCGUUCUUUGUCAUGUUGUUGUCUCAGGUCAUCAUCCUUGCCUCGCUGCCAACGAUCAUGGAGAAGCGUGUCUACUGGGCUUUCUUGCUCGUCAUCUGGAUCUUGACAUCUUGCUACGGUGGUGGAUUCGGAUGCAUUCCCGCCUUCCUCUGCGACAUGUUUGGCCCUUCCAACAUUGGUGCUAUGCACGGCAUCAUCCUGACUGCCUGGUCCCUGGCUGGUGUUGGUGGAGGACUCCUGUUCACGGAGGUAUACAACCAUCUCCUGGCCAACGGAUAUACCGUCAAGGAUCCCAUGGUUUACUCUGCCAACUUGAACUGGAUCUUGGCUGUUGCGUGUGUUGGUUUCUUCUUCUUCUUAUUUGUUGGCACCAACGUCCGCGAUCGUCUACUUCCCAAGGCCAAGGGCGAGUUUGCGCGUCUGAGGGUCUUUGGCCGUUUGGCACGCAUAGGCUCGUUCGGUGUCCGUUUUGUGAGUAAGGCUGAUGAGGAUGCCGAGUGGGAGGCUUAUGUGGACAAGAGGCGCGCCGAGGACCAUGCCGGCCGCUCUGCUGCUGCUCCUGAAGUGGGCUCCUCCUAA